GAUUAUAAUACGUCGUCAUAUUGCAAGUCAGAUUGCGUUCCAUUUCUCAAUUUUUACGUCAGAUCAAAUUUAGUCCGAUAUAAUAGGCAUGAAGAUAAGAAGAGUUUCAAAGAUCACAUGUGUCGCUGAUCGUUCUCUUUGUUCUCAUUUCGCGAAAGAAAAAACUCAUUUGUCCGUUCAAAAAAGAACGAGCAAUGGAGAAUCCUCUCACCACCGCUGGAGUCCAGUUCAACCAAACAGAAAACCUGGCUCACUUUAUGUUUGGAUGGCCCGAUUAUUCGCUCUUCAGUCUAUUAUUGCUUGUCAGUGUCCUCAUCGGCGUGUACUUUGGCUUUUUCAGCAAGCAGGAUAGUACAACGGAGUAUCUUCUGGGCGGUAAACGCAUGGGAAGUUUCCCCGUCGCGAUGAGCAUUGUUGCUAGCCAUGUUUCGGGAAUCACCUUGCUGGGCAUACCGGCGGAAGUCUUUCAUCAUGGAACUCAAUACGCCAUGUGCGUAAUCACAGCGACCCUCACCGCCAUUAUCACUUCUUACAUCUUCCUGCCAGUGUUCUACAAACUGCAGUUGACCAGCACCUUCGAAUACCUGGAAAUCAGAUUCGCCAGACCGGUCAGAAUCCUCUCCUCGGUACUGUUCACUAUUUCGCUCUUCAUGUAUGUGCCCAUCGUUAUCUACGUGCCCGCCAUCGCCUUCGCGCAAGUUACUAAUCUUAGCGUACACAUGAUAACGCCUAUCCUCUGCAUCGUGUGCAUCAUUUACACCAGUAUUGGUGGUCUGAAAGCAGUGGUAUGGACGGACACUAUACAGUUUUCCGUGACUGUCGGAGGUCUUUUCACGGUUCUCAUGUUGGGAAUAUUGUCUGUCGGUAGCGUUGGAGAUGUUUGGAGAAUUUCCGGCGAAGGCGGUCGUCUUAUCUUCUUCAAUAUGGAUCCCAGUCCAUUAGCUAGAAAUACCUUUUGGGGUAUGCUUGUGGGUAUGACGGCAACUUGGAUUGGGCAUCUCGCUAUUCAUCCAGGAGCAGUGCAAAGAUAUCUCUCAGUGCCCAGAGAGAUCGAUGCCAAACACGGCAUAGUAAUUACUGCAAUAGGAAUGAUUGUAGUUAAACUGAUCACCGUAUUCACUGGAUUAAUCAUGUUUGCCAAAUAUUACAACUGCGAUCCUCUUCUGACCAAAGCAAUAAGCCGCACUGAUCAGACCUUACCGUACUAUGUAAUGGACGUCGCUGGACAUCUGCCAGGACUUCCGGGAUUAUUUCUAGCGGGUUUGGUGAGCGCCGCGCUUGCGACCAUGAGCGCCAGUUUGAACACCGUUUCCGGUACCAUUUAUGAAGACUUUAUAAGUUCGUGGAUCCCCGAUAGCCCCAAGAAGGAAGCUAUCGCUGCUAAUAUUAUGAAGGGUAUCGUUUUGAUAAUGGGAGCGAUCUCAGUGGGCUUGGUGUUCCUGGUCGAGCGGUUGGGUCCGGUCUUUCAGAUAGCCCUGAGUACACGUGGUGUAACCGAUGGGCCUAUGUUAGGUCUCUUCAUACUAGGAAUAUUGGUACCCUGGGCGAACGCGAAAGGGGCUUUGUUCGGCGGUUGCGUCGGUUUAAUUAGCAUGCUUUGGAUGGUGGGAGGCGCUCAAUGGUAUACCAUGCAAGGCAGGAUCAAGCACGACUCGCUGCCCACGUCAAUCGAUGGUUGUCCCUAUCCCCUGAACGAGACCCUUACGAUCGCGAUACCGACGACGACCUCGCCGACCUGGACGGAUCCCGGCGAGGAGCCGAUGAUACUGUUUCAGAUAUCUUUCAUGCAUUAUAACAUUAUAGGAGCGGCGAUUGUUGUCGUCGUCGGAAUCAUCGCGAGUUACGCGUUCGGCGGAGUGAACUUGGAAAGCGUGGAUCCUGAUCACAUUGCACCGAUUAUGAGAAGGUUCCUCCCUCCGCGAAAGUACGCCGAGGUCUCAUUGAGAGAGGUACCGCCGUCAUUGCUGGACGUCUCAUCGAAGAAGUGAUCGCGAUCAUGUUAGGUGACAAUUGAGUCGGUCGGGAUUGAUCUGAUCGAGAGGACUGCAUAAUAAAUUAUCUCUCUCUUUCGAGCCUCACCGACGGCGUUUCCGAGUCAUCUGUCAGCCGAUAAAGGGGUAUAUCCUUUAUUGAUUAAUAGACGCAUGCGCCAACUAUUUUGGUACAUACACAUGUCGGAUUGUUUUCGAUCUCUCAGUAGCGUUGCCAGCAUCUGUCUCGGAAGCAUCAUCGGUGUCUUCCCCAGUUGUCUUCUAAUUGGAUCCGGUGUUACGAAAAGGGUUCAUUACUACCCUGGAUCCUCGCUAUUGAGAUUGAAUAUAUUUGCUCGUGACUAGUUUUAUAAUCGGUUUUUCGACUGUCCGACGAAUAAUCUAGCAGAUUAGGCUAACUUUAAUCGAACCAUAGUUUAUAACAGUUUCUGCAACGACAAUUCGAAAUAUACUACGCACAUGUCUAUUGGGAUCUACUUUGGCCACCCUCUCAUGCGACCCAGCGAUUGAAGUUAGACUCGUGGACUCGGAGGGAGAGUUACGUCCCUGGAGAUGCUCCUCGGGGUUGCUCGGGGACGGCCGAAAGCUUUCGGGGAUGAGACGACCACGCCUACACGUGGACGGGCGAGUGUCCUCGCAAGUGGCAGCAGAUAUCCUCGGUUCGAGCUCGCGACGUUCAACAAGUACGGGCAGCGAUGACAAUCUCGGUUCGACGAUUCCUCCUCGAUCGCGACGUUCCUCUUACGACAAGCUGAUGACGUGUGUGCGACAUGUGACGUUGCCGAUUUGUCUCAUCCGAGUAAUGAUGGAUCAGUCUGCCGUUAAUCAAAGAUUCACUACGUGCCAAACUAAGUAGGUGGAAUGAAAAACCCUCGCUUCGCGUGUACAAAGUACCAACGACGAAGAAGCAAGAGGAUUGGAUCGUUGACCAAAUCGUUUUAUCCUAAUUUGGAUUCAUCGGAUAAAGCUGAAGUGAUUAUCUUCUUCAUACUCAUGAUUAACAAGCUUGAGACUGGGUGAUCUGGAAGAGCUACUUAGAGAUUCAUAAAGAGAAGUGGAUCCUAUAAAGUUUGGUGGAGAAGCAAGAGGAUUGAAUCGUUGACCAAGUCGUCUUAUCCUAAUUAGGAUACAUUAGUUGAAGCUGAAGCGAUUCUUCUUCACACUUAUGAUUAGCAAGCUCGAAGCUAAGCAAUAUCUGGAAGAGCCACAUAUAGAGGUUUAUAGAGAGAGAUGGAUCCUGCAAGGUUUGGUGAAGAAGUGAGAGAAUUAGACCGUUGACCAAGUCGUCUUAUCCUAAUUAGGAUCCACCGGAUGAAGCUGAAGCGAUUAUCUUCUUCACAUUCAUAAUUAGCAAGCUUGAGACUGGGCAAUCUGGAAGAGCCACUUAGAGAUUUAUGAAGAGAGGUGGAUCCUACAAGGUUUGAAUCUUUCAUAAGCCUGAACGCCUUAGACAAUUUCGUCAGAGUACCUGAGAGGAUUCGCGAGCGCGUGGGUACAAUAUGGAUAAUCGUUUGUGAAGGAAAGUGGAAAAAGAAGAAUAUCCCAAGUCAAAUCUUGGUCUUUAUUUGAUCGGUUGGAAUGCCGAAACACAGCCGCGUCCGGCCUUUAAUAAUAGAUAAAAAACGUAGGCGACCGUGCCGGAAAAAGAACAGAAAUCGAGAGCCUCCGGAGAAAGAGGAAGAGAGAAGGAGACAGAUAGCUAGCUGGAUAGGGAGAGAGAAAGUAUUUGGCUUUUGGCCCGACCGAUGUUAAGGAAAAACGUGCGUCACAGUAUUUUCCCCGGUCGGGAAUAGAAACGACUGGCCCGCGUCAUGUCCAGCGACUUUGUCCCUCCGGGUCUUCCUCGGAAAAAAUGCGCCGGCUCGUCAUCGCGAUGAGAGAAGAUACGCGUGUCCGCGUAUAUCUUCCUG